AUGUUCGCCGCGGUGGAGCAUGGGCCGGUUCUCUGCAGCGACUCCAACAUCCUCUGCCUGUCCUGGAAGGGCCGAGUACCGAAGAGCGAGAAGGAAAAGCCGGUGUGUCGGAAGCGCUACUACGAGGAAGGCUGGCUGGCUACCGGUAACGGGAGAGGGGUUGUCGGGGUCACGUUCACCUCCAGCCACUGCAGACGGGACCGGGCAACCCCGCAGAGGAUUAACUUCAACCUCAGAGGGCACAACAGCGAGGUUGUCCUGGUACGGUGGAACGAGCCCUUCCAGAAACUGGCUACCUGUGAUACGGAUGGAGGGAUCUUUGUUUGGAUCCAGUAUGAGGGUCGGUGGUCUGUGGAGCUGGUCAAUGACCGUGGGGCUCAGGUGAGCGACUUCACGUGGUCUCACGAUGGCACCCAGGCUCUCAUCUCCUACCGUGAUGGCUUUGUCUUAGUGGGUUCAGUCAGCGGGCAGCGACACUGGUCCUCUGAGAUCAACCUGGAGAGCCAGAUCACCUGUGGCAUCUGGACCCCUGAUGACCAGCAGGUGUUAUUUGGUACCGCAGAUGGACAGGUGAUAGUGAUGGAUUGCCAUGGGCGCAUGCUGGCUCACAUUCUGCUGCAUGAAUCGGAUGGCAUUGUCAGCAUGUCCUGGAACUACCCCAGUUUCCUGGUGGAGGACAGCAGUGAAAGCGACACGGACUCUGACGACUACUUACCACCAAAAGUGCACAGCUUGAAACCACUGCUUACAGUCUGCUUCACCUCUGGAGACAUCAGCCUGAUGAACAAUUAUGAUGACCUUUCUCCCACCCUCAUCCGCACUGGACUCAAAGAUGUGGUGGUCCAGUGGUGUUCCCAGGGGGACCUCCUGGCAGUUGCAGGGAUGGAGAGAACACUCCUCCCCCCCGACCCCUCCUGUCCACCUCCAACCAGAAACGCUAUCGUCAAGUUCUAUAACGUCCGCGGAGAACACAUAUACACACUGGACACACCAGCACAGCGUCCAAUCACCACACUGUGCUGGGGCCACCGUGACUCUCGUCUGUUCUUGGCAUGUGGCCCGGCACUGUACGUGGUGCGGGUAGAGCACCGCGUGGCCAGUCUACAGCUACUCUGCCAGCAGGGCAUUGCCACGGCACUGAAGGAGGAAAAGGAUGUGGCCAAGCUCACUAUCCCUUCCCGCCUCUGUUCAUAUGUUACUACUGCCUUCGUUCCCACCAUUAAGCCCCCUAUCCCAGACCCCAACAACAUGCGUGACUUUGUGAGCUACCCGACAGCUGGCAAUGAGCGUCUGCACUGCACCAUGAAGCGCACCGAAGACAACCCUGAGGUGGGUGGGCCCUGCUACACUCUCUACCUGGAGUACCUGGGGGGUCUGGUGCCGAUCCUCAAGGGCCGCCGGAUCAGCAAACUGCGCCCAGAGUUUGUCAUCAUGGAUCCCAAGACAGAUGGGAAAGCAGAUGAAGUAUAUGGCAACAGUCUGAUAUCCUCCAUGAUUGACAGCUGUAACUGCUCAGACUCCAGUGACAUUGAGCUGAGCGAUGACUGGGUGGGCAAAAAAUCUCCAAAGAUAUCAAGGGGCAGCAAAUCUCCCAAACUGCCCAGGAUCAACAUUGAUCCCAGAAAAUCCCCCAAACUGUCUCGUGCUACACAAGAGAUAUCUAGGUCACCACGACUGCCCAUACGGAAGCCCUCCAUUGGUUCACCUAGUCUCACACGGAGAGAAUUCCCUUUAGAUGAUAUCACUCAGCAUAAUUACCUUGCUCAGGUUACAUCCAAUAUUUGGGGAACAAAGUUCAAGAUUGUGGGCCUUGCCACAUUUUUGCCAGCAAAUCUUGGUGCAGUCAUCUAUAAGACAAGCCUCCUUCAUCUGCAGCCCAGACAGAUGACCAUUUACCUGCCGGAGGUGCGUAAGGUCUCCAUGGACUACAUUAACCUACCAGUCUUCAGCCCCAACGUCUUCAGUGAAGAUGAAGAUGACUUGCCUGCCACGGGCCCUGCUGGGGCUGCUGAUGACAAUCCACCCUGUACUGUUAAUAUCCCUAUUGCCCCCAUCCACAGCCCUGCCCAGGCAAUGUCCCCCACCCAAAGUAUAGGUCUAGUCCAAUCACUCCUAGCCAAUCAGAAUGUUCAGCUGGAUGUCCUGUCCAAUCCCACGGCCCCCCCUGCCGGGGCUGCUGCCACACAGUAUACCGUUCCCACCAGGUACUCCAGUCCAGGGCAGGUCAUUUUUGGAGGGCUGGAAAUGGGUCGCCUUAUGGUGGGACCUCCACCCUCUCAUCACCCACAGCAACUACAGCAUCAUCAGCAGCAGCAAGGAAUGGGAGGAGAGCAUGAGCACCUGCUGAAAAUCAAGCCCAUCAGGUCGGUGCCCCAGCUUGCUGAGGGGGACACGGUGGUGUUCAGUGCCCCUCUAGAACUUAGCAAGAUGAACCCCCCACCCCCUUACCCAGGGACCGUGGCAGCUGCUGUGGCUGCCGCAGCCGCUGCUACUGCCUCUGCCUCAACUCCGGCUUCUUCUGUUGUCUCCAACCCUACACCCGGAGCGGCUGGAGGAGCAGGGGUCACUCCUCCAACAGGUGAGCUGUGCCUGAAGAAGGGAGAGUUCCCACUUUAUUCUUCAGGCCAGCAGGCAACACAGUACCCCACGCCACUGGGCUAUGAGAGGAUAACCACCUUUGACAGCAGUGGAAAUGUUGAGGAGGUAUGUCGUCCUCGAACACGCCUCAUCUGCAAUCAAAACGUUUACACCCUCCAGGGUCCUGGUAGCUCCGCCACUCUCAGGGUCACCUCUUCAUCGUCUUCUUCCUCAACAGACAUGAAGAAGGUUCAACUGCCCUAUGCCUCUGCCACUCUCAACAGACUCACUGUGCCACGUUACUCUAUUCCCAGCGGAGACCCACCCCCCUACCCUGACCCAGCCAAUCAGACCAAUACUGUUGGCAGGAACCCGGGACAGAGGCUUGAUAGCAAUCUGAUCCAUGCCACUCUCAGGAGGAACAGCCGUGAGGCUGCUCUCAAAGUCUCCCAGAUGCUGGAACCACCCAGACCCUUGCCUCCUAAGGCCAAAAACAGCGGUGUUCUAGCAGCCUCAUACCAACAGAGGGUGCCAGCAGCCUUGUAUACCUGCAGUCAAUGUAGUAGUGCAUCCAACAUCGGGGGCACUGCCCCAGGGAGCACUAAUGGAAUUGCAGUGAUUGUCCAUUCCAAUAGUGCUACUCCCCUGGCUUCCCAGUCCUCUUACAAUCUGCUUAGCUCCCUCGAUGGAUCGGGGCCAGGGGGUACAGGAAAUGUAGGCGGCAGAGACAGAAAUGACUACGUCAACUCAGCGUUUGCUGAGGAUGAGUCACUAAACCAGUCCCUGAGACAUUUAGCACUGGGUGGGCCUGACGUAUCGGGACUAGUUGUUAAACGCCCUCCUCCAUAUCAGUGGGACCCAGCUGGCACAGAAGAGGUUUGGGUUCCUCAGGAACGGACAGCAACCCUGACCCACAGUGGACCCCCUGGGCCGCACAAACCACCCACUCUCAUCCUCAGCCCAGCUCAGCAUUUAGAUGUGUCCCGGCUGCCUUUUGUCCUCUCUCCAAAGUCCCCCACCAGCCCCAAUGCAGCAUCAUUCCAAGCCGUAGCAGCAGCUGCAGGUUACCAGAUCUCUCUUCAGUACCCUACUGGCGCCACUUACUCGGGGCCCCAGCUCCAGCCUAUUUCAGGUUCACCCCGUCCCUGUUCCUCCCCUAAAGAAAUGGUGGCGCCAGUGCCCUUCUCACAGCAGGAUGCAACCAUGGUCCUACCACCUGGUUACCCUGCAAACCUGGCUAACCUGGCCUGCUGCCCUCUCCCGCCCAUGUAUCCGGGAGGAAGCUCGUGCGCCAGCCUCCCCAUCCCACCCAUUGCCCUCCACACUCCUUGGGGCACCUACAACGCUUGCCCGCCCAUGCCCAACUCUGCAGUUCCAUUACCUCCUAAAGCCUCUCACAUGGCAGCAGACAAAAACGUUCUCUCUCCCCCUCCCCCUCCCCCACCACCCCCUCCUCCCCUGCCACCUGCAGAGCUGCAGGGUCACAGGGGCUCAGCAGAGGCCAUGGCAGAAGCUGGGGAGGGUUUUCAGGAGGUUCUCUCCCUCACUGAGAGCCCUUUGCCUCAGCGCUCUGAGAAGUUCAGCAAAAAGAAUCGCAAGCGGGCAGAUGGCCGGGCGGAGGAGGCUAAUGUACCGCCCCUCGCUGAGGGGGGUAAGUCCAAGAAAGAGGGGCGAGCACUGGGUGACUUCAAUUCACUCAUCUCCAGUCCCCGGCUGGGUGGUCGGGACAAGAAAAAGCUGAAGGGACAGAAAGAGCAGCAUAUGAAAGCUAAGAAGCUGAGCAAGGCCCCCACCACUAACGAGUUCCAGGACAGCUCAGAGAGUGAGCCGGAGCUCUUCAUCAGCGGGGAUGAGCUACUAAACCAGUGCCAGAGUGGUAAGAAGGGCUGGAAGAGCAAGAGGAGCCUUCGAGCUGCUAGUGAGCUGGACGAGAUCAAGUGUCGAAAGGCGAACGAGAAGGAGGACCGUGGUCUGGGCAGCCAGGGCUUUGUUUAUGUCAUGGCCAACAAGCAGCCACUGUGGAAUGAAGCCACACAGGUGUACCAGCUGGACUUUGGUGGGCGUGUCACACAGGAGUCCGCGAAGAACUUUCAGAUUGAACUAGAAGGAAGACAGGUAAUGCAGUUUGGCAGGAUUGAUGGCAACGCCUACAUCUUGGACUUUCAGUAUCCCUUUUCUGCUGUGCAAGCCUUCGCAGUGGCUUUGGCCAACGUCACUCAACGCCUCAAAUGAGAUGUGCUGCCACCUCCUAUUCUGAAUUCUGUGUGGGAUGUGAAUAAAAAUCUGCUGAAGGGACACGGUUGUUGCUUUUGAAGUCCCAAAACUUUCAUUUUGGAAAAGAGAUUGAUAUCUUCCCCGGCCUUCACAGAAAGGAAGAUUCAGUCACACUGACUACACAAUGCUGCCACAAGAGUUGGUGCAAUAAGCAUUGGCUGUAGCUGCCGAGGUUGUCUCCAGAUUUACCCUUUUUGGCAAUCUGUGGCUCCUUGCAAUACCUACAGGGCCAAAAGAACUGAGCUUUUGG